AUGAAUCUUUUAAGCUUCUAUUUCUGCAUUAUUUUAGUAUUAAUCUCUUUCUCUGCUCCGUCAAACGUCGUCGUAUCUGUCGCCGGUGUUCCGAAUAAAAUCGGAAGAACAUCAUCCGAACCAGGAGCUUCUACUUAUACGACUCUCAAGAACGAUAAUCGGGUCGACCCAUCAAGUGAUUGCGGGCAAUUUGGCUCCAGAUCCGAGUGCGCCAAGAUUCCAAAUUGUCGAUGGUGCAAAAGCGACGCUCUGGAUGACAUGUGUUUUCCGAAGUAUGAAGCUUGGCGGUUGCCGUCCCAGGUCUUUUCUUUGGAUAACACAACACAGAAGAUGGUCUCAUCCUUCUAUUUGUGGCAAAAGCAGAUUUUCCAUUGUGGUCAAUGA